GCCUAACAACUUAAUAUGUAUAUUGUAUACUUGUAUAUUGACAUUUUAGUCUCAUAUUGUUGUCACUUGAUACAGGGAUUCACAACAUAUGCUGAGAGGAGGAUUGUUGAGGUUGUGCAAGGGGAGGAGCGGGCAACCUUAAACAUGGGGAUUGGAUGGAGGGGGUUGAACAGGAUGAUGGAGAGGUUUAAGGAUAACAUGGAGUUCACCAAGUUGAAGCCGAAGAUGGCAGGGAUUGACCCUGAUGAUGUUUACUCUGAAGUGCCCUAUGAGAAAGGUUUCCAGUUCCUUUGGAGAAUUGAGCGUGAGAUUGGCAGACCUGCUUUCGACGAGUUUUUAAAGAAGUACAUUGCAACCUUCAAGUUCCAAUCAAUAGAUACAGAGACAUUUCUUGAAUUCCUCAAAACCAAUGUACCUGGGAUAGAAAACAAAAUUGACCUUCACCUGUGGGUUGAGGGGACUGGUAUCCCUCCUGAUGCCAUGGAACCAGAUUCAGCUACUUACAAAAAGAUCUGCUCCUUAGCUGCAGAAUUCAAAUCUGGAAAACUUCCAAGUGAAGAUGAGGUGGCAAAGUGGAGUGGGCAAGAAUGGGAACUUUACAUAGAAAAUCUACCAGCAGAUGUUGAAGCCUCACAGGUAUGGGCUCUUAUCAAAUACCAAUGUUAUCUCUCAUUUAUUGGUAUAUCAUCUGUCCUACUUCAUAUGACUAUUGUGAUUGAUAAAAUCUUAGAGAAAGGUACCGUUGAGUACUUAAUAGUGCACACGACCAUAUUGGAGUACUUUACAAUUGCAGAUAAGACCUCAGCCUCGGAUGCUAUUUGUCAACUUAUCCCCCUUCUUACUCAAGGGGCAUUAAUCAUAGAUGGAGAUGAACCUACAAACGCUCCAGAACUACCAAAGAAAGCAAAAGCUAAGAAGAAAAGGUCGAAAGAGCCACUUAUUGUUCGGAUCAUGCAGACAAGGGAAGGAUUAAAACUAGGAAUUAGUUGCCUCAAGUAUGGCAGUGCAAAGAUUAGCUUUGGAAGAUACACGAUUGGCCAAGCUUGAGCAUGGAUGAAAAUUCCCAGAUGAUCGCAAAGAUUGUUGUGGUUUGUAAUGAUGCAAUCAUUGGCCACUC